AUGGAAAAUUCACAGCCUGCCAGUAACGCGACGGACACCCCUAAUCAACAGUCUCAACCACAAGCGUCGUCCUAUUCUCAGCUUCAAGCUCAAAAACCUUCUCACCAAUUUACAUCGCCACCGCAUAAUCCGAAACCAAAACAACACGAUAAUAUAGAUAGACUGUAUACGCCACAGCUCAAGUUUACCAACUUUGCAGCACAAACACCGAUAGUAACAAAGUACGUAACUUCAAAGUUUUUAAGACAUGACGUUUCAUACUUUCGGAGGGAAGAAACUAAGAAAGAAGCUACUACAGAGGAAGAAGAGCCAGAGCAAGAGGGUUCAAAAGUUUUGGUAAUACAUCCUGGGUCAAAAUAUCUAAGGAUUGGGCGUGCAUCAGAAGCAUUCCCUUAUGUAGUUCCACACGACAAACAAGAAGAAAUUAAUACAAAUUUUGAGGAUGCAAGAAUGUCAAUUGAAAAAAAUACUGAUAUAACAAUGGAAAAUGAUGAUACAAAGUCUGAUAGUGGUGAGAAUUGGUCCGGAUCUAUGGGUUCACCGGCUGUUAUGGAAGAAGUAGAAGAAGACGAGGCAAUUAUUGAAUGUACGCUCUAUAAUUCGUUUAUAGAAUAUGUCUGCGCUAUGGAGAGUAAAUUCCCAUAUGCCGAAAUGGAUUUAAAUCGUAUGUAUGAUUGGAUGUUGGCUGAAGAAAUGAAAGAAAAAUUUUGUACUCUAGAUGAAGCUAAUCUUGUAAUACAAUUGAAUGAAUUUUAUGUGAGAGCACCUAAUCAACCAACAUUGAAAUAUCAAAUUAAGACGUAUGAUGAUGCUAUUAUUUCACCUAUGUGCCUUUUUUAUCCUCAUAUAAUUAAUUUUCACAAAAAAUCGGCUGAAUUCCCUCCUAAAUUCACAUCUUUUGUGAUUGAUGAUAUGACAGAGGGUGUUAAUACCUCUACGGGACUUUCACCAAGUCUAGUAAUGCAAAAACCUAAGCUUUCUGUUGCAACUCAGGCAACACAGGUUAAAACAUCGUUUCCAUCACCGUCACCACAACAGCGCGAUAGUCCUGGUCCAAUGACACCUCUUAGACUUGAGAACUCUGCUGCACCGACCAAUGGGCCUUCACCCACUUCAAACACAACGCCAUCGCAGCCACGUGUUCAGAAUGCCUCUUCUAUAGACCCAUUAUCUACGCUCCCGCUUGAUGAGGCUAUAAUGCAAAGUAUCAAUGCUGCAGCAACCGAAGAAAGGGCCAAAAAAUUUUAUGGGAGUAUUCUACUUGUCGGUGGUGGUGCACUUAUUUCGGGGAUUCAUAAAAUGUUAGAGAAUCGCAUAUUUUCACGGACUCUACCAUUUACUGACAAAUUUGAGAUUCUUGGCUCUCCUCGUGAUUUAGAUCCAAGACUAUUGGCAUGGAAAGGUGGAUCUGUAAUGAGUAAAUUGGAAAUUGUAAAUGAAUUAUGGAUCAAUUCGAAUGAAUGGGAGGAACUGGGUGUAAGGUGUCUUAGAGAAAAGGCAUUAUUUGUCUGGUGA